AUGGGGAAGAGGCGUCGCUCUCUGGAAGAGAUCUUGUCAACAACCUGCGCUGCCUGCAACCGACCAUUCGACACGGUGCAAGGACUAUCAGCACACCAGACUACCAGUCAAGGUUGCGCGUGGUAUAAGAAAGGCAAGCUAAAAGAAGUGUUUGCGUUCGACAUUUCGGACGAUGAAGACGACAUUGGGCUGCACGAACUCGAUGCACAGAGCCAGCGGGAGCGGGAGCCACAAGGUGAAGACCCCUCAGACCUUGCAUCCCUGUACGAUUUCGUCGACGUCCGCGUCCCGGGACGCGAAGGAACGUCAAGUAAAUCAGGGACCUCCUCGGCUCAAUCCAGGCGAACUUUGGAUGACAACGCGGAUCCCAGAGUUGAGGACGUGGAUGAGGAUGCCGCGAGGGUGAUACGUACAGACGAAGCCGUACGAAAGAGUUGGCGGGAACAAAGACGAAAGGAGGCACACCGACACGAUGACCGAGAGAAGACCGUCGAACAAGGAGAUCGUGACCCCUCAAAUCCUUGGGAGCCCUUUGAGUCCGAAAUGGACUGGAGAUUCGCGUCCUGGGCGAUACAGGAAGGUUUGAGUCGGGGAUCAGUUGACAGAGCUUUGGCCAUACCUGGGUUCAAAGAAAGAUUAGGCCUUUCAUAUCACAAUUCCUACUCCUUGUUACAGAGGGUUGACUCGCUUCCGGAGAGGGCGGAGUGGAGGGAAAGAUGGUUGACGUUCAAGGACCGACCGAAUGAAGAACAUCUGGUUCAGUAUCGCGACAUAAUAGAGGCAAUACGAACAUUGUUAGGCAAUCCCGAGCACGCUGAUCGGAUUGUUUACCGACCUCGACGAAUCUUCUCGGAUGCCUCUCGUACGAAUCGUAUAUACAAUGAGAUGUGGAGUGGACGCUGGUGGCAUGCAGUGCAGGUGAGUAGGGUGCAAUUGAGCACUCCUUGA